AUGUCAUCAAUCGAACAGGAAUCCGCACAAAGCUCCCAACGCGCACUGACCAAGCGAUCUGUGGUCUCGUGCUUCAUCUUCAAGACAGACAAGACCGACGGGCGGGUCCGCGUCGCCCUGUUCCGGCGCAGCGGCAAAGUCCGCACCUAUCAGCACCUGCUGGCGCCCAUCUCCGGCUCGGUCGACAAGUCCGACCCGUCGCCGCUGGCAGCCGCCUGGCGCGAGCUCCAAGAAGAGACGCAGCUGACCGCAGAGGACCUGGAGCUGCUCCGCCACGGCAAGAGCUACAAGUUCACGGACGUGUCGAUCGGGCGCGAGUGGACCAUCUACCCGUUCGCCUUCCGGCUGCUCCGCGACGAUGCCGCCGUGAAACUGGACUGGGAGCACGAGGAAUGGGGCUGGCACGAUCCGCUGCAGAUCGGGGAUGACUUUCCCGACGGCGUGCCCCGGCUGGCCGAGAGUCUACGCCGGGUCUGGUUCGAGAUGGAGCUCGGGUCUGCCGCGGGCGGGUUGCUGGAUGCCGGGCUCUCACGUCUCAAGACUGACCACCAGAGCGGGGCUCGGCAGCUGGCCGGCUUUGCUUUGCGACUGCUCAGGGAUGUGGUGCCGAAGAUUCAGCACGAGGGAUUGGACUGCGAGGGUUGGUGGGCCAGGGUGCGCACCGUCGCGUGGCACAUAUGGAAGAACGGCCGAGAGAGCAUGGGCGCUGCCAUCAUGGCAGUGCUCGUACGAGCUCUAGAGGACGUGGAUGGGCAUCUACGGUCAGAAUCGACAAAAAGAAACGUGAAGGUAUGGCAGGAUCUGGCCACAGAGGUGCUCGAUAGGGCUGUCACGCUAAGGGAGGGCCACACUUCGGGGGCCGUUGUGGCGGAGGCUUUUGCGAACUAUCUUGGGAAGCACUUUGGGUCCAGACUCCAGACCCGUCAACCGAUCACGGUUUUGACCCUAUCAGAAAGCUCAACUAUAGCGCUAGCACUGAAGCAUGUGGUUGCAAAUACCGGGUUUGCGUUGGACCUGUGCAUACUCGAAUCGAGACCGCUAUUUGAGGGAGUCUCACUAGCCGCAUCCUUGACCGACGAGACGCUGACCAGCAAAGAAGCGGCACUUGGAUGGGAGACAGAAAAAGAAACAGAACAGUCAGAAGAAGAAGAAGCGCAUGUCUCAAAACCAGCAAACAUCGGCGGUGGGGACACGGAAACGACGACAAAGACCCCGGAUUCGUGGCGCCGGCGGGACGGUUCACCUAAACUUAGCAUCACGCUAUACUCGGACGCAGCCGCGGCGCUAGCAGCAGCGCGAGGGGUCGACCUUGUCGUCAUUGGGGCGGAUCGAAUUUCAGCUUCGGGGGCUGUGAGCAACAAGACGGGAUCUCUACCGGCUAUUUUGAGCGCGAGGCACGUGGCAGAGCGAGGAGGCCAUCAUCAUGAGGUCCGCGUCGUGGUAGUCAGCGAGUCGGACAAGAUCGCACCGCCCGGCGACCCCCACGAGCACCUGGUGGAGGAUAAUGGCGGGGAGCAGCUUCGUAGGGCUUGGGCUGUUGACUUCAACAGUGAGAGGGUCAGGGGUGCGGCUGAGCAACUUUCUCGGUUUGCUGUGAAUGGUGCUGUAAAUGGCAUCAAGGUCUCUGUGAGUAACAUAUUCUUCGAGUGGGUGCCAGCUGAGCUGAUAGACUCGUACAUAUCCGAGCGGGGUGUGCUCUGUGUUGAGGAGAUAGGAGAGGCAUCUAGGGCCCUUGGGGAAUCGAUCGAGAGGAUUUUUGGUGGCUUGUAG